UUUUGUUGGGCAAGAUAUAAAACGAAAAAACUUCUGACACCCGGUAACAGAUGGGCCGGGAAAGUAUUCGUAGAUGUACUGUCUGAUUGUAGGUUGUCGACUCUGCUGGGGAGCUACAUUUGUACAUUUCCGGCUGUGCUGGUGGCCAUGGCCGUAUUAUAGCUAGUUGAUACCGCGAUGUACCAAAUUACUCAAGAAGGAUGAUGAUGUCACUUGUUUUAUAUUGUAGUUAGUGCGGAAGAAUGUGUGUGAAGAGAAGGGGCAGCUGUGUUGAUGAAGCUAUCACCGGUGGGAAGAUGCAGAUCCCCGGACGAACGAGUGAGUGCUGGGAUUGUUGUAAUAAGGUUCGCCCGCACCUUCGCGAGAUGCUGCACGGGCGCGUCUGGAAUUGCCUCAAUUGCAGCGAGAUGCUUUCUAUUCUCUGCAGCUGUACACAUCGAUGAGCUACAUUCUGAGGACGGUAAGAAGGUCACGUGCCCUGGAUGAUCACAGGAGGACGAACUUAGCUCUCCCGACCGAAGUUCAGUCUUAUACUCGCGAAGAAGUUCUCAGGAAUCUGCUCUAAUCGUGGACUGAAGGUUGUCACACCUCGAAACUAUUGACACCGAAGUGGCUCGAAGUACAAUAAGAGCCGACACACACGAACGCUGAAGAAAUGAAAGAGACGGUUUUAGCAAUUAGGAAGCAAAAAGUGGCCACGCAGGAAUAUGGGAAGGUGGGAAGUGCGCAGAUCGGGAUCCUGCAUUGGAAGACCAGAAGCGUCCAAGGAGUUUUUGCUCUUGUCUUCACGCUUAUCGUGUCCAUAGUAUUUCUAGUGAUUGGAGACGAUCUCUCACUCGUGGAACAGGUGGGCUUGGUACUACCCCGGUGGAGUCCUCUUACUCACGGAGCUGUCAAGGAUCCCAGUGGCGCCGCCGCCGAAAACGGCCGCCUCGCAUUACUCGUUCAGGACUACUUCCCUGAUCACCAACGCAUCACCAGGAUUGGAGACGUCGAAAUUUCCGAGACGACUCCUCCAGGUCUUCAGUGGGAAGAAGACGACUCAUCUCCAGUCGAGGGCAAGGCAAGCGACACUGCCUCUCCCGGCAACCCGAAUGGAUCGAACACGACGACGUGGGUUGAUUUUCCAUAUGUGCGUGAGAAUGAGACCGAGUUACUUAUGGGUGCGUUCAGGUCGAACGGAAGCGAGGAGUGCCACUAUGUGCGAACGAAAACCGGGCGCAUUGUCGGUCUUCCACCUUUCGAAGAAGGAAAGGACUCGGUUCGUCUGCAGGCAGGGCCGGUGCACGAGUUCCAGAUAGUUUCAAUAGGGGAUGACAAUGUACCACGAUGUCAAGGGGGAGACUACUAUGAAACCGAUCUCAGUGGACCCACCUGGAAGUCCCGGCCCCCUAUUAUGGAUCAUCAGAAUGGAACCUACACGGUCAGAGUGCAAAUGGAUCCUCGAUUCGCCGGAAUGUACGAGCUCAAGGUCAUUCUUCUUUUCUCAAAUUUUCAUGGUUUGCAUUUCCACCCUCAUCGAUGGGCCAGAGUCGAGGAAGUCGCGAAGUUCAGAGUCGAAUUCACAGUUCCAGAGGAUCCUGGCUCUUCCAUCCCUCCACUGCCCCUCCCCAAAUGCGAAAGGAAAGACUUUGUGGAGAAGAAGUACUGGAGUGGGCGCUGGACUCGAGAGCAGUUCACUCCCGAUUGCGAUUACAGCAGGUACGGGAGGUGGAUUUGCGUGAAUGAAACACUCCAGUGUCAGGAACCCUGGUGCGAGGGGACAGUGGGCAGCCUGGAGAGCAAUGGGUGGGUCUAUUCUGCACAUUGUGCCUUCAAGAUUUUCAAGGCGGAGGAGGCAUGGAAGUGCUUGGACAAAAAGUGGCUAUUCUUCUGGGGUGAUUCCAAUCACAUUGACACCAUCAGAAAUCUGCUUAAUUUCGUUUUGGGUUUCAACCACAGCGUGAAGUUUUUGGACCGCAGGAUGGAUCAAACGUUCUACGCCCCAGGCUCGGACAAUCAAACUUCCGUUCGCAUCACGAGCAUGUUCAAUGGCCAUUCCAAUGUGACCAUGAACUACGAAGGGUUGUACUCCAUCCACAAUAAGCAGUUUGCCGACCAAUGUAAGUCAUACUUCACAGGGGACUCGGCACCGGACUUCAUGUUUAUGAACUCGGGUCUACAUGACGGAGUAUUUUGGAGGGAUAUGGAGAAGUUCAUUACGGACGGAGUGGACUACACAGCUGACUUUUGGACCGACGUUUGGAGCAACAUGAAGGCCAGGAGACCCGAUCUGCUGUACCGGACCACUGUUACCACAGGAGGUAGUGCGAGGAACCAGUCGUUCAAUCCUCAAAAAAUGGAGUGGAUGAAUCAUUUAAUUCUGGACAAAUUUACGCGCUUGAAUCUGGAAAGGUUCCAGAUCAUUGACGGGUUCGACUACACCUACCCUUGGCAUUACGACCAUCUGACUAAUGACGGUGUGCAUUAUGGUCGGCCUCCUGCCAAGUCAAAAUGGGCCGGAGGGAACAUGGGCCAUCGAUACUUUGUAGACAUUAUGCUUGUACACAUGCUCCUCAACGCCAUCUGCUGAACCGACCUCCAUUUGGUCCAUAAACUACUCACCGUGACGGGUGUUCUACAUGCCCUGCAAAUCCUUUACAGAGAAGCCUUUCUCUACUCUAGACACGUAGCUCAGCAGAAACCCAGGCUUCACCGACAAACGACUCCGCGGGCCGAGUCUCCGCUGAAUCAAACUCACCAGUGUCUGCCAGGACUUCUUGUCUACCUUCGAUUCUUUCUAGUUCAGACGAGCUUAGCUGCGAACAGUCAGCUAGCAGAGAUUAUGAAAUAGCCUUGCCCUUCCGCGUCACUCUGUAAAUAUGCUCUCAUUGAUUCUGCUCAAAAUGAAGCACAAUCUUAUUGUCCUCUGGGGCGGGGGCAAUUUAAAAUUCAUUGCGGUAAUUUAUAUGCCGGAGAAGGUACCGAGUUCUCCUCGCAGAAAUGUACACGAUGUAUCACUGCAAUCAAUAUAAGAAUCUCUCAUUGUUCCU